AAAAAAAAAACACUUCGCCAUGUUGCAAUUGAACAUUGAAACUGCCAGCUGCUCGUCCACUAUAAAUCUCAUCUAGAAAUAUACAUUAAAUAAUAAAUAUAGUGUAUUUAAUAAAAUAUAUUUAACAAGUGUUAUUAUUAAAUAUUUCAAAUAAAUACAUUAUAAAAUGUGAUUUUAUUAAUUUAAAUUUAAAUUAUUACUAACAAUCUACUUUACCAUUUUUACAAUAAAACUUGAUAUUAUUUUUAUGACUAUUUUGUAAAAGUAUAAAUUUUUUCUACCCGCGUUUCAUAGACACCACCAUUUGAAACCAGUGAAAUACGUUAGGCAACAGGUGUUUAAACAACUAAAUUUACAAUAAUUAAAAAAGCUAAAAAAUUUAUUUAGACUAUAAACAAUUACUUUUUAAAAAAUGGAUUACGAUUAUCUUAUUAAAUUUUUGGCAAUCGGUGAUUCUGGUACUGGCAAAACAAGUUUUCUUUAUCAAUAUACAGAUGGUUUAUUCAAUUCACGUUUUAUAUCAACAGUGGGAAUUGAUUUUCGUGAAAAACGUGUGAUAUACCAAACAAUUAAUGGGAGGAGCCAGAGAAUAAAUCUACAGCUGUGGGAUACUGCUGGACAGGAAAGAUUUCGUAGUUUGACGACAGCAUUUUAUCGUGACUCGAUGGGUUUUUUGUUAUUAUUUGAUCUUACAAAUGAACAAUCAUUUAUUGAAAUUAGAAAUUGGCUGGAACAAUUAAAGACUCAUGCAUAUUGUGAGGAUCCAGACAUCAUUCUUUGUGGUAAUAAAUGUGAUCUUGAGGAUCGUCGUGUUAUUAGUGAACAAAAAGCUCGAGAAUUAGCUGAAAGAUACAACAUGGUUUAUUUGGAAACUAGUGCAGCAACUGGACAAAAUAUUGCACGUGCAGUAGAUAUACUACUUGAUAGAGUUAUGCGUAGAAUGGAAGCAACAGUUGAUUCAUCAUUAUUACCACAUCAACGUGCAUUACGUUGUCAUGAUCGUGAUACACCAUCACCAAAAGCAUCAUCAUCUUGUUAUUGCUGACAGUGUCAAUAUGCGUAGAGUUUUAAAUUUUCUUGUUUGAAAUAAUUAUACUCUGACGCAUUUAAUUAAUUUUUAAUUUUGUUAAGCAUGAUAAGUCGUUUAAAAUUAUUUUAAAAUGUAUGGAAUCAGUAUAAAAGAUUGUUUUCAUUUUAUUUUUUUUUUUGCAUUAUUUUAGAAUAUGUAUUUAAAUAAUGAUCCGUUGGUUUUACAAAUUAUUCAUGUGAUUAUACACUUAUUAAUUAAUAUACAACUUCAUAAUAUAUUAUAGAACCAAAUUAAGAUUAAAAAACAAAAAAAUAUAUAUCACUGUUGAAGUCAAUUUUAAAUCGAUAUUUUAACUAUACAAAUAUUCAAGUGUCUUAACAUAUAUAUUUUUUUUUUUUAAUUAAUAUUUAUUGAUUCAUUUUUAAAUAAAUUAUAACACUUGUUAAAUAAAUAUAAAAAUAUUUUCUCGAUUCAAAAAAUGAUUGUUUUUUUUUUCUUUGAAUAUUUAAAAAAAAAUAAAGAUAACAAAAAAUAAUAAAAAUGAAUAUUAUUAUAUAUAAAUGUUGAUUAUAAAUAAAUACAUUUAUUGAAAUUUAAAUUUUACAAUGUGAUGAUGUUUACAAUAUUAAAAUCAGAAAUAAAAUAUUAUAAAUUAAAGUUAAUGUUAUUAAUAUACAAAAUUAUUAAUUAUACAUAAAUAAUAUUUAUCCCAAUUUUUUUUUUGUCUACUUUAAUUAUUUAAUUAACAUAAUUGUCAAUAAAAAAAUUUAAAACUGUUAAUAAAAUUUUCUUCAAUAAAAAAAAAUAAAAACUACGAUAUUUAAAAAAAUUAAUAUCCAACAA